CCCCGGGAUGUACCAUCGCGGGGAUGCAUUUUAACUUGUGCGAAUGAAAGCUGGAGAUGAAUACUUCAUUCGUGACCCACAUAAUGGCGAUAUAUGAGGCUCGCUAAGCGGAGCUCCGUCGUGUUUACAGCCCGCUCCUCCGCGGUGAGCUGUCGCUGCAGCGGGGAGUUGUUCGCGGCGCGCCUCGCCUCCCUCUUCUCCGCCUGGGAUCCCGACUCCUUCCUCCAUCCUCGCAUCCAGGAAGAGGAGAGGAGAGGAGGGAGAAGGAGACGCACACACACACACGCCGAUGCGAAGGGCGACGAAAAGGGGGGAAAAAAAUAACACUAUUGGAGUGCUGAGGAAUCUUCCAGGACUUGCUGUCUGUGAUUUCAGCCUGGAGGGCCUUGUGUGGGGCAGCUGACCAUUCCCAGGAGAAGAGACUUCAGCCUGGCCUUGCUCCGACAAUCCCGCCUCUUCACAGCUCCAAUAAAAAAACCCUCCCCCCUCUCCCUGGGGCCCUGACUCUGGUUCCCCAUCUCUCCUAGACCUCUAUCUUCUCAGCUCCACCUGAUAAACCCACCCCCAGAACUCCUCUGACUCUGGCCCUCCUCCUGCUCCAUCCUGCCUUUCUGCCUCAGUGAUUCUCCCCUGGGGUUUUGGGGCCAUGGCGGUACCUUCAGCCCAAGAGUUUCACUGGCAGAGCCUCGCACGACUGCCCAGCGGCCGCGUCUACCACACUCUGUCUGAGGUGGGGGGACAGAUGUACAUGCUGGGGGGCUGUGACGCUACAGGGAGACCCUGUCCCACUGUGGAGCUCUACUCCCCUGAGGGGGACCGCUGGAUAAGCUUGCCCCCCAUGCCCACCCCUCGAGCAGGGGCGGCUGUAGCAGUGCUGGGAAAACAAAUCCUGGUGGUGGGAGGAGUGGGAGAGGACCAGAGCCCCCUGAAGGUGGUGGAGAUGUACAACACAGAGGAAGGCCGAUGGAGGAAAAGGAGCGCUCUGCGGGAGGCCUUGAUGGGUGUAUCCAUCAUUGUGAAGGAUGGCCGUGCAUUGGCUGUGGGGGGAAUGGGUGCUGACCUGCUCCCUCGCAGCAUCCUGCAGCAGUAUGACCUUCGAAAGGACGUGUGGGCGCUUCUUCCUCCCAUGCCGACUCCUCGCUACGAUGCCAACACACAUCUGUUGGCCAACAAGCUCUACGUGGCAGGUGGUCGUCAGUGUAAGAGACCAGUGAAGACCUUUGAGGUGUACGACGCAGAGACACGUUCUUGGACAACACUUCCCACAAUGCCUUGUAAACGUUCGUAUGGGGGUGUCAUAUGGGACCCAAAUGGAAGGUUGUGUCUGCUUGGAGGACUGAGGCAGGGAGGAGGACACCAGAGUUCCAAGUUCACCAAGAACGUCAACAUUUUUGACACCAACCAAGCAACCUGGUUGAAGUCAGAGGAGACGGUGCCCAUGAAAACUAAGCGAGCCGACUUUGCUGCAGCUUACCUGCGCGGCAGAAUGGUAGUCGCAGGAGGACUGGGUCAUGAGCCCUCAGCACUGGACACAGUGGACGCCUUUCAUCCUCAGAAGAAGAAGUGGGAGAGGUUGGCUCCCAUGAACUUUCCUCGAUGCUCCACCACCUAUAUCAUCAUCAGAGACCGCCUCCUGGUGGUGGGAGGAGUCAACCAGGUCCCCAGCUCAGCCAAUGAGAUUCUGUACGUGAAGGAAGAGGAGUAUCUGUAGCCACACCAGCACCAGAUGAAUGCAGCACAUCAGUGAUUCCACGUCUUCUUCUACAAAUCCUUCCUGAAUCAGCCUGUAGAGAUGGAGCCUGAGUCCCUGACUUUCUGAUGUAAUGGAACAUGUAACACCGCCCCCUGCUGGGCUUUACUGACACUGAGAGCCACAUGGAAGCUCCCAGAAGCACAACGGAGGAGCUGGCUCUUUCUUUAUACCAACAAUAUGUUUCUUGAUACUUUUGCUAUGUGACAACACUUCUGCGUUGUACGUUGUAGUGCAUACAUGGAGAAAUAACUUUUUUGUAGCCUAAAUGUCUUGUCAUGUGGACAGAGAAUAUGGAUGACUUAACUUAAUGCAUUUAUGCAAUUUAUGUGCGGUUUAAUGUCUUAAGUUAUCUGUUUAUUUGUAUCAAGCUUGCUUAAAAAAAUGCAUAUGUAGAUUUAGUGAUUUAAAUGUAAGAUUUUAAAUUAAUUUAACAUGACUGCAAUAUUUGUAUUUUAUUUAUUACCAUUGAAGCUGGGUUAUGGAGGUUUGACAAACUGUACUGUUAACAGAUAUUGCACUUAAGAGAUUUACACUGAUCGGUGUAACCUUCAAUUAUUUCAUGCAUAAUUUUUUUUUAAAAAUGACACUGAGAAUGAUGUCCUAUCACUCUUCUACAGUGUGAUAGUGAACAUCUGUGGGUCUGUUAGGUAUGAUUUGAUUCAUGCACACAUGUAUAGAAAGUGUAUAAAUGAUAACAGGUUGUUUGUGUAAGUCGUUGCCAAACUGCUCUUGUAAACAUUUGGAUCCCGUUUGACUCUGACGAUGAGCACAUUUUAUUCUUCAAGCAAUAUACGACUUCUCUUUUUUUUCCCCCUCUUUCAUUUGUGCAACAUGUUCUGUGCUGUAAGAAUAAUCAUCAGUUCAUAACACCUCACUCAGGUUUUCGUUUGUUUGUUUUUUCUUAAGACAGAGAGAGUUGAUCGAUUGAUAAUGUCUUAACUGUUAACUGUCUGGCUCUGUCUGUCGUGCACCAGGUGACCAAGCUGUGAAAUCAUCUUUUUUGUUCCUCUCAGUCAUUGAUCAGCCCUAUCAUGUCCUGAUAUUAUUAAUAUAUUAAGUAUAUGAUUAGUCAUAUCCAGUGGAAUAAAUUUGAUUUGUUGUUUGUGUUGCACUUAUUUGCCACUAGAUGGCAGCAAUCACACAUCAAUCCACAGCAGGCAUGUGUUUACUGAUGAGGCAGUUCUUCGAGCUUCUUUUUCUUCUUCAAUGAUGUCUGAUAAACUGACAGUAUUUUCAGUGUUAUUGCAUGUUCUUUAAAUCAGAACUUUUAAUUCUUGCAUACAUUUGUUUUACUUUAAAAAGACAGAAAAAAUGCAUUUCUUUUCCUAUGAAAGUUGUACUUUUGUUCCUUUCCGUGACUGUAAUGAGAACUGCUGACAGGAGAACAUUAGUUUUAUUCUUCUUAUCUUACACUAUCACAUUAUGCCUACCAUAGCACAAGUUUCCUUUUGGAUAUAAUGCAAGGGUCAACUCAAGAUGUUGUGUUUGUACCACUCACUGUACAAACACAAUAAAGCAGUAUGCCAACAGACAUGUGCAGCCCAGGGUUUAAAGCAUGUGGUGAUCUUGGUUUUAAUAAAGCAGUGGUCAGUUU